AAUGAGUUCAAUUUAUCUUAGUUUUAAGCGUUAUUUUGUUGAAAAAAUGGUUUCUAAAGAAACACCUAUUCUGGUUCUUCAUGGACUAUUUGGAUCAAAAAGACAAUGGAAUACUUUCUGCAAAAGUAUGAAUAUGAGGACAGAUCGUAUUCUUUAUGCUAUUGUAAGUUGAACAAAAGAAGAUAAGCUAUUUAAGCAUUUUCAAGAACAUUUUAUUAUUAUUUUGAAAAUAUUAAAUAUUGAGGACUGAUCAUUGGUUAUAUGGAUAGGAUCUUCGUAAUCAUGGAGAAAGCCCCCAUUGUUUACCUCAUAAUUAUGAAGCUAUGGCAAAAGAUGUUGUGAAAUUAAUUGAAGAUCAAAGUCUUAAAUCAGUAAUUCUUCUUGGUCAUUCUAUGGGUGCUAAAACAUGUAUGGCGAUUGGACUGAUGUAUCCAACUCUAGUGGAAUCAAUGAUUCUUUUGGAUAAUGCACCGGUUCAUACAUCAGUUGAUCCAAAUCUUGUAAAAUAUAUAGAACAGAUGAAUAUGGUUCAACGAGCUUGUGUUAAAAAGAAAAAAGAAGCAGAUAGUAUGUUACAGGCAUCAAUUGAGGAUAUCAAUGUUAGACAUUUUUUACUUUCAAAUCUUGUUCGUCAUGGAGAUCAUUUGUUAUUUAGAAUUCCAUUAGAUAUACUUGGACAAUCGCUUCAGAAUAUUGCUGGAUUUCCAUUUGAAGGCACAUAUUCUGGUAGAACAUUAUUUAUACGUGGUAGUAGGAGUCGAUAUGUAUUAGAUUCGUAUUUACCAACAAUUCGCAAGUUUUUUCCUAAUUCUCAAGUGGUAACACUUGAUGCUGGUCAUUGGGUACAUGUUGACCAACAAAAAGAAACUUUACAGGCAGUCGAAGCAUUUCUCCGACAUAUACCAAUAGGAAAUAAUAAUUUUAAUAAUAAAUAAUUAAUUUUUUAAUAUUAAUUUGGCUACAUUUCCGAAUUAAAAAAU